ACGUGUACUUAUAUCACUAAAGUGCAGACCGAUAAUAAAUAUUUAAUUGCUUAUUGUAUCGGCUUAAUGCAUUUUACCUAGUUUUUGCUACAAGUACAUUAUUUUCUGUGCGCUUAAUCCUGUGAAAAAUAUUUUUGUGGAAUGGAGUAUAAAAAUUACGUCGGCAUCGUUACCUACGUGACGAUCUUCGUCUUCUAUAUUUUUUCUUUGAAAGCGUCGACUGAAAUCGGGAAAGCCCCCGCUAACGCCGUGCACCUUCCGAAGGAAAUCAAAAUCUUGGGGCAGUACCGGUUCCAUUUCUUCACCGUGUGGAAUUUUAUGCUGCAGAUACUUUUCCUACUAACGGCCGUGCUGGACGAAACGUCGAAGCUCCUCGAUCUUCCCGUUCUGACACGGAAGCGUCUGGGUAGGACUAGGGCGUUCUUAUUCAACACCCUCGUCUUCCCGUGUAGUUUGCUGGUAGUUACGAUAUUCUGGACAAUAUGGCAUAUCGACAGGGAACUGGUUCUCCCGAAAAUCCUCGAUAAGGUCUUUCCUUUGUGGCUCAACCACGUCAUGCACACGAUCAUUCUGGUACCUCUUGCGGUGGAACUGGCGCUGCCGAAGAGGUACAAUUUCGUUCGAUUCGAAAACGCCGCUGCGACUUUGGUGCUUUACGCGCUGUUUUACCAGCUACAAUACUUCUCGAUCUACCUGCGACACGGAAUAUGGCUGUACGGCAUCUACGCUACCUUAACCUGGACGCAACGUUUCCUGUUCUCCGUGUUCCAACUUCUCCUGCUGCUGCUAUUCUUAAAAAUCGGCAUUACGAUUCAAGACAGCAAACGAAUACAACAACCUCGGAAAAUAGCCUAAUUUAUUAUCACCUACUAUUAUAAAACGAUUUUUAUUACAAUAAAUUAAUAUUAAAAGUCCCA